GCUCGAGCCGGUUUGACGGAGAUACGGCACCGGCAGGUUGGGAUGAAGUGACGGAAAAAGAGGAAAAAUGAACAAGUGGAGAAGGACGGUUUUAGGGAAAAUCACAUAUAAGAAGUGGAGGGAAGACGAAUCCAGGGGUGAGGAGGUCAUCGUGGGUCCAAGUGAUGAGGUCCAGGAGACAGACAAUGAGAUUUUCACCACAACCACAGCAAGAGUCCCACCAGGAGGCGCCGAGUCCACGUCCACGCCACAGUCCAAUACCUUUACAGUUGAUGAUGCGCUGGAGUUCAUCGGCUUUGGAAAGUUCCAGUGGAAGAUCAGUCUGUUAACUGGACUGUCAUGGAUCGCAGAUGCCAUGGAGAUGAUGAUCCUCAGUAUUUUGGGUCCGCAGAUGCACUGUGAGUGGAGGCUGCCCAGCUACGAGGUGGCCUUCAUAACGUCGGUGGUGUUUAUUGGGAUGGGCAUCAGUUCAUCUAUAUGGGGGAAAAUAUCCGACAACUACGGCAGAAAAACUGGCCUGAUUAUCUGCAUGUGCUGGACUCUGUAUUAUGGUCUGCUCAGUGCCUUUGUACCAGUGUAUGGAUGGCUCCUGGUUCUGAGAGGACUUGUAGGCUUUGGCAUUGGAGGAGCUCCUCAGGCGGUUACACUGUACUCUGAGUUUCUCCCAGUAAAGGCCAGAGGAAUCUGCAUCAUGCUGAUAGCGGGCUUCUGGGCUAUCGGUGCUGUGUUCGAGGUCCUCCUGGCCUUGUUGGUGAUGCCCACACUCGGCUGGCGGUGGCUGCUCGGUCUGUCCACUUUACCAAUGGCACUGUUUAUUUGUCUCUGCAAUUGGCUACCAGAGAGUCCUCGUUUUGAUGUGCUAGCAGGAAGAAGAGAAAAGGCUAUGCUAACUUUGUCACGCAUCGCCAAAGACAAUGGGAAGUCUUUGCCUCAAGGGACACUGAUCGCUUUUAAACAGAACAGCCGUGGAAGAAUCCAAGAUCUGUUCUCAGCUCAGUACUGGAGGACGACUCUUCUACUGUGGUUUAUCUGGUUUGGAAACGCCUUCUCCUAUUAUGGGAUAGUUUUGCUGACAACAGAACUGUUCCAAGCUGGAGAUUCAUGUAGAACCACUCAAGGAGCCAAGAUUGAACCAAGCUGUAGUUUUGAAUGCAGGUAUUUGACAGCUGAUGACUACAGGGACCUUUUAUGGACCACUUUAGCUGAAUUCCCAGGUCUUCUGGUCAUCAUCGUGGUCAUCGACCGUAUCGGUAGGAAACGGAGCAUGGCGCUGUGCUUCUUCAUGUUUUCCUUGUGUAUUGUGCCGCUGUACGCGUGCAUCGGACGGUUGGCCAUCACAAUCUUAAUAUUCAUUGCGAGAGCUUCCAUCUCUGGUGGAUACCAAGUGGUUUUUGUUUAUACACCAGAGGUGUUCCCUACAGAAACAAGAGCCUUAGCAAUGGGGACUGCCAGCGCCAUGGCCAGAGUGGGAGCCCUUAUCACCCCUUUUGUGGCUCAGGUGAUGCUCAGGACCUCCACCUAUCUGACCCUGUCGGUGUACUGUGGCUGUAGUCUGCUGGCUGGGGGGGCAUCCUUGGUCCUGCCCAUUGAGACUUUAGGAAGGGGUCUGCAGGAGGCAGGUCCUGACCCAGAGGGGGGACGGAGACAGGAGACCGCCACCACAGACAACUAGGCCCCACUGAGAACACAGACAGAAGACAUCAGGUCCUGUGUCCUGUCCUCAGACUGCUGCAGUCCAACGCCACAGGAGCUGUUUAUUAUGGGAUGUGGUUGGUGGAAACCAUGUGAUCACAGACGGAUAACGGAGGGAAGGAUCAUGUGAUCACAGACGGAUAAUGGAGGGAUGGAUCAUGUGAUCACAGACGGAUAACGGAGGGAAGGAUCAUGUGAUCACAGACGGAUAAUGGAGGGAUGGAUCAUGUGAUCACAGACAGAUAACGGAGGGAUGGAUCACUGUUCAUGUCAAAUGUGAAAGGACGCCCACUCUGUUCCUGCUUUAUUUCCAGUCUGUCUGAUCGGAUCCAUUAGAGCAGGGGUGUCAAACUCAUUUUAGUUCUGGGGCCACAUUCAGCUAAAUUUGAUCUGAAGUGGGCUGGACCAGUAAAAUAAUAAUGUAUAAAUAAUGUC